AUGGGCAAUCUCAAUUUCACGUCGUAUACGUACCAGCUGAAUAACGGCGCCCAUAUCCCGGCCAUUGGGCUUGGGACAUGGCAGUCAACCGACAAUAACACCCGAGAAGCGGUGAAGUACGCUUUGCAGCACGGUUACCGGCACAUUGACACGGCGUUGAAUUAUGGCAACGAGAGACAGGUCGGAGAGGGUAUUCGGGCCUCUGGAGUGCCGAGAGAGCAGAUUUGGCUCACGACCAAGUUGGAUAACCAUUGGCACCACCGAGCGCGCGAGGGGCUUGAAUCAUCCCUCAAAGACCUGGGCGUGGAUUACAUUGAUCUAUUCUUGGUUCAUUUCCCUUGCUCGACAGACCCAGAAGAUAGAACUAAGCAUCUCAAAGACUGGGACUUUGUCAAGACAUGGCAAGACAUGCAGAGCCUCCUUGAAACUGGCAAGGUCAAGACUAUCGGUGUCUCAAAUUUCCAGGUUUCCCACCUCGAGAAGCUUCUCAGUGACCCAUCUUGCAAGGUUGUCCCAGCGGUUAAUCAAAUCGAGCUCCAUCCUCACAAUCCAUCACCCAAACUGCUGGAGUACUGCAAGUCCAAAGGAAUCCAUUGCACCGCAUACUCCUGCCUGGGUGGGCAUACAGCAUCGGCCAUCAACGCUCACACCAGUUUAAUGGAGGACCCGACCGUCCUACAGAUAGCAAAAAAAGAGGGAAAGACACCGGCACAAAUAGUCUUGAUGUGGGGACUACAACGUGGUACCAGCGUGAUUCCUAAGAGUGUGACACCAGCUCGAAUCGACUCAAACUAUCAAUUGGAUGGAUGGUGUUUGACGGAUGAGCAAAUGGAGGAUCUAAACGGGAUCAGAACUCGAACUAAAGUCGUGGGGGACUCCUGGAUGCCCAUUCGGGUCUUCGUCGGUGAUGAUGAGUAG